AUGUCGGUCGCCUAUGAAAGCGCCGACUCCGUCGGGGUAUCCCUAGGCGCCGACGGGAACAGCCCUUGCUCGGAGCUCUUUGAUUUUUUCGCCAUGCUGCAAUGGCCGAUGUCGAUUCAGUGCUCACGAGGAUCGAUAUCCCGACGGUUCUCAACCAGUUCUGAUCCCUGCUUCGGGUACCAUGGUUAUCUCGCGUGGGUAGUUCAGGAGUUGGCCUCUGCUCGGCGUGAUCCGCUGAUGGUCUUUGGCCACCGUCAGACCGAUGCCAGAACUUUGUGGAGAGACCUUGACCUUAUCAGUGAGAGGCUGAAGGCAAAUCUAAAUUCCAAGAUUCCUUGGAUGUCGGAAUGGGAGUGCCGGAAACAUGGACUUGGAAAACGGGAAGAAGCAUCGUCCAGAACUCGUACCGGCCAUGUCCUCGCCAGCGCACCCCAUCCUCUGAUCGAGAUCGGACAUCCGCGAGACCAAGUCUACGCUCUCAACUCGCUCAUGAUGGAACAUUUCCGGACCGCUCUGGUGCCGGACUACAACUUGUCGAGGGCGGCAGCAUACACGAAGACGCGCUUCUUCCCUGUAGGACACGAUCCCGAGGUGCCGCCGUGGGUGCCUGACUUUUCCCUGCGCCUGCCCUCUGACCUCCUUCCGACUACGAACUACUGUGGAGGCUGGCUCCACGGAUCAACGUGGUCGGCCAGGCGAUUACUGCGUCACCGGGGGUCUGUUGGAAACCCGAUGUAUCGACUGCGCCAAGUGAUCUGGGUAAAGAUAUUUAUGUUGAGCCCGCUGACCGCAUCGUUUUCCACCCACGAGAACCCGGUGUGA